AUGAUCCAGGUUCAUGGAAUGAACGGAAAUGAACGGAAAUUAAUAUUCUCCACCAGCAACCCACCUCCCUCAACCAACUCGUUCACCAGCAACCCACCUCCCUCAACCAACUCGUUCACCAGGUCCAACGACGAUGCCAAGAAGAGUUCCAAUUCAUUCACCAGUAACCCACCUCCCUCAACCAACCCCUUUACCAGCAACCCACCUCCCUCAACCAACCCGUUCACCAGCAACCCACCUCCCUCAACCAACCCGUUAACCAGCAACCCACCUCCCUCAACCAACCCCUAUACCAGCAACCCACCUCCAUCAACCAACCCCUAUACCAGCAACCCACCUCCCUCAACCAACUCGUUCACGAGCAACCCACCUCCCACAACCAACCCUUUCACCAUUUGA